AUGGGUGAUACGGCCGCUGGGGGUGAAGAGAAGGUGGUGGCAGGCCGAAAGGGCGCUGGAGAGGUGAUGACAACACCCAGACAACUAGGCAGAGGGGGUGCCACCGAGCUGGUCCACUUAGACGGCGACACGUGGCAGCUGGACGUGCGGCGGCUGUCGUAUGGAGGAGCAGCAGUGGCGCUGAAUCAGUGGCUGGUGAAGCUGCUGCACGUGGUGCACUGCAAUGACACUGCCCGGCGGCAGGUGGGCUCUGCUGCUGCUGCUAGCAGCGACAGCGUGGACGAGAGGAGUAGGAGCAAGGUGCAUCACCAACGAGACAACCCAAGCCAGAGGGGAGGGGGAUCCGUGCAGAGCAGCGAGACAGAGGGAGAGGCAGAAGCAACGGCAGUGGCGGGGGCAGGGGCAGAGGGAGAGACAGGGGCAGGGGUAGAAGCAGGGGGGCCGGAGUUGCUGGUGCAGCUGGCGCCGGCAGCAGCGUGGCAGCGAGUGCUGGUGAGAGUGACCGGAGGAGGGGGGGGAGCGAGGAGGAAGGGGGCGCCGGGAGUGGUGGUGGCACCACACCAAGUAGUGGUGGUGACAGGGCAAGGGGGUCACAGCAGGUGGGGGGGGAAGAAAGGGGGCGGGCAGGGGGAGGGGCGGGUGAGGCAGGCGGUGGUGCAGGAGGUGGGGCGGCUGGGGCUGCCGUUGGGGGUGGGGGGGCGGGGGCAGCAGCAUGGGGGGAAGUUAGUGGCGUUUGGGCCGGACCUGGUGGCGUGGCUGAGAGGCCCGCACGCUGCUGCCAUGCUGCAACUCGUGGACCAUGAUUGCACACCCACUUCCGUGGUGCGUGCUGCUGAUGCAUGCCGUGCAGCCUCAGCUGCCCCGCACUUAGGCCGACCUGCCAUGUGA